CGUGUCGCUUCACUCGGAGCUCGCCGACGAGCUGCUCAGCUACAGCGAGAACGCCGAGAACGAGGACUACCUGUGUGACGAGGUCCUGCAGGUUGACAUGGCAACGCUGACCGAGCAGAUCAUCGAGGCCACGCCUGAGCGAAUCAAACGGGAGGAGUUUAACCGGGAGGCGGAGUCACCGCUGCGAGAGAGGCGGGACAAUCCUGCCAUUCACGACACCAUGCCGUGGCUCGCCACAUACCUCGACACCGUCGACAGGGGUCUGUGUCCCACCCCUCCAUCGCUCCUCAGUGAUUUGGCGCUGCAGAGGCUCCGCCCCCCGAGCAGCGUGGCGUGGGCGGAGUUUCUGAACGCCUCAGCCAAUGGGAGGAUGGAGAGAGACUUCGCUCUGCUGACGCUGACGGACACGGAGCAGAGAGAGCUGUAUGAAGCUGCGCGCAUCAUCCAGAACGCCUUCCGCAGAUACAAGGGGCGGAGGCUAAAGGAGCAGCAGGACAUGGCCGCAGCCGUAAUACAGCGCUGUUACCGCAAAUACAAACAGCUAACAUGGAUAGCACUGAAGUAUGCCUUGUAUAAGAAGAUGACACAGGCAGCCAUACUGAUUCAGAGCAAGUUCCGCAGUUAUUACGAGCAGAAGAAGUUCCAGCAGUCGCGGCGAGCAGCCGUCCUCAUCCAGCAAUACUACCGCAGCUAUAAAGAGUAUGAGCGCGUCAAGCAGGGGCCACGCGGCCCCGGGGCCCUCAACACCAGGCUCAAAGGCUCGUUCCUGACCAAGAAACAGGAUCAGGCCGCGCGGAAGAUCAUGCGCUUCCUCAGACGCUGCAGACACAGGAUUAAGGAGCUGAAACAGAGUAAAGAGCUGGAGCGCAAAUGACUGACUAUAAUUGACGUUCAGCUCUCCUGAAUGUUUUUCUGUAUUAAUGGAUCUCUAUAUAAAUGUAAACAGCAUCUACUCUCAUAUAUACUGUAUGAUCAGAAAUCAAGCUGAUUGUGUUGACAUGAAGUUAUUUAUUGAUCUCUUGGAGAUAUAUAUUAUAAACGACAGAAUGAACGCUGUAUCCGAAAUCUUAAAUCGUAGUUGCCAUGGUAACACACGGCGGAAAUGUAACGUUGCCUAGUGACGAACACGCGAUGGCAAUUCUAGUCCAACGGUUUGUUAAAUAUCAUCACUGCUUAUGUUCAUGAGGUAUAAUGAAUAUAAUAUCAGUCCAGUGAAUAAAUGAAGAGUUGAGCUCUUUCAGCAGCAUCUGUCACAGAAAAUCAUUUGGAUUCGUCAGUUUGUAAUCUUUUGAAUUGUAGAGUUGGCAUGAAACUAGUGUGAUAGUAAUCGUGAACUCAUGUGUGUUUGUGUAAAUCUGCUCACUCACAUUAGUGUACAUGCAGUUUAUCUGUGUAACGGCAGCGGAGUCUGCUGAUCGAGCUCGCUUUCUUGACUCUCGUAAGACGUUCAGUUUGAUGGUUUAAUGAAACAAACAUGUUUUUCAUUUCUGAAACUGCAGAAGCCCUGAAAUCCUUCCUGAGAUUAAGGACCUAGGAUUUUUUCUCUCUCUCUCUCAAAAAUGUUUUUCUAAUUUUUUCUAUUACAUUUUUUUGGUCUCCCCCCAAAAAAACAUUUCUCUUUCCCCAAAAUUUUCCUCUCCAAUUUAUUUUCUCUUUCCAAAAAAAACUUUAUCCAACACCCCCCAGAUUUCCCCCCCGUUUUUAUCUCCCGCAAAAAAAAACUU